AUGAGCCUCACUCAAGAACUCAUGUUGAAUAGACAAGUUGAACGCAGUCGUGAGUCGCGUGGACCCGAAGCUGGUACACCCAAUGGGGUAGGAAAAACGAAGGUACUGAAAAACCGUGGCUAUGAUCAAACAGCGUUGUUUCCCCAAAAGGAGGAGGAGGAAAAUAUAUAUAUAAAUAUAAGGGGGGGGGGGGGGGGGGGGGGGGGGGGGAGGGGGGGGGGGGGGGUUUUGGGGGGGGGGGGGGGGGGGGGGUGGGGGGGGGGGGGGGGGGGGGGGGGGGGGGUUUGUGGGGGGGGGGGGGGGUGGGGGGGGGGGUGGGGUGGGGGGGGGGGGGGGGGGGGGGGGGGGGGGGGGGGGGGGGGGGGGGGGGUGGGGGGGGUGGUGUGGUUGUGGGGUGGGUUGGGUUGGUGGUUGGGGGGUGUUUAUGUGUGGGGUUGGGGGGGGGGGGGUGUGGGGGGGGUUGGUUUGGGGUGGGUGUGUUGGUUGGGUGGGGGGGGGAUUGAUUAUGGGAUGGGGGGGGGGUGGGGGGGUGGGGUGGGGGGGGUGGGGGGGGGUGUGGGGGGGUGGGGUGGGUGGGGGGGUGGUGUGGGGGGUGGGGUGGUGUGGGGUUGGGGGGGUGUGGUGGGGGGUGUGGUGAUUGUAUGGGGUGGGGAAGUGGGAUGGGGGAUUGUUGGAUUGGUUGGUGGAAGGGGGUAUUGGGUUGGGGGUUGUGGGUGGGGUGUGAGGUUGGGGUGGGUUGUGUGGUUGGGGUUGGGGGUAGUGGAGGGUGUAUGUGGUGUGGGGGGGGGGGGGGUUGUGUAA